AUGCUAAUUAAUAGUGAUAUUUGGACUCUAAUUGAACAAGAAGUCCCAGCCUUUCGAACACUUCAACUUUACAAUGCUACUGUUGUUGUCCAUGCUCAUGAUUUUUUGAGCAAUGUUAUUCGAAUGUCCGACCAUCCUCUACACUAUGGUGGCGAUUAUUUACUUCUGGAAGAAGAUUUGGCGAAGGUUUUGAACAGUUUUAAUCAAUGCAAUAUUCGGCCCAUUUUUAUCUUCGGUGGUGCAUCAACUUUGAAGUCAUCUAGAUUGCAAGAAAAUAUGCGCAGCCUCCAAAAACGGAUCAGCAACCUAAACUGUGGUCUGCAGCAAAGUCGCACAUCAAAUCAAAUCCCGAAAGUUGAUCAUCGCAACGGUUCAUUCUAUACUCCUGUUUUCGCGAAGGAGACCUUGGUGAAAAAACUAGAUGCUAUGGGCUUCUUGCAUGUCACUUGCGACGCCGAUGCCGUUUCCGCCUGUGUUGCCCUGGCAGCACAUCUUCGCCGCCCUCUGGUAGCUAAUUCAAAUGAGCUUCUUUUGUUUGAGUUUGAAGAACCAAGUGAUAGCCUCGAGUGCUUCAUUUACAUUCCUUUAAGAUUUCUUUCUUCUCAACCGGUUCCUCAAUCUUCGAAUCCGCACUCCCUGUGUCUCGUUGCACAUGCAUUUUCUCCAUCGAAUUCUAGUAUUCAUCGCAUACCCUACGUUUUGCGUCCUUUCUUUGCUAUCUACUUUAAACCGCCAAACGGUUCUUACUUUCCUCUACCUCAUCGACUUUACAAUGUCCUCAGUAACCGAGAAAAUUCGCAUCUAAAGGAUUCAAUUCGACCUAUGGUCCAGCGUGCGAAGGAACUCGUUAGAUGGCUGGAAUCAAUUGAGUCCCCCGUAAAUGCUUUCUGCGAGUCUGUUGAACAACUAGAACAGAAUGCUGUCUUCUCAUUUACUAAGGAACUCGUGGAGAUUACUUUGACUCUCAAAAUCGACCUGAUGCAGGGCGAAGAUCUGGCGAGGUAUCUGCUUCCUAACGUGAAGCCAAGCAAGGGCAAUUUAGUAACAUCAACAGAUCUAAUUACUUGUUUGGCUCGGCAGCCAUCUUGUUUAAAGUAUAUAGAGCAAUACGUCAAUGUCAAUGAGCCUAAAAGUACCCUGCAGGAGUGUGAAAUGGCCAAUUUCUUAUCCAGGGUCCCACCUAGAUUUCUUCAGUUGUAUCGCUCUGGCUUUCUUUCCACGGUCGUUUUUACCCAUCUUCUUUCAAGCACUGUGGUAUUACCCGUCCUAGAAGAAAAUCCAACCCGUGAAUGCGCCGCAGAAUGCUCCAGAGGCAUUCGCUAUCUCCAGUACUGCUUGGCACUAGAUUUUAUUCGACGCUAUGAUGCUGAAAUUGCGCAUCUGAGUGGGUGCACAGAGCCCACAAUCGUUGAAUUUUCGCGAUCUAAAGAUACUUCACAUUAUCGUCAACACACAAUCAGGCUAAAGCCUUCUCCUCUUCCGACCUCUGAAGAUUCAGCAAAAGCGUGUGGCUCAUUUAUUUACAAAAAUAUUGGUUACCAAAUGAAAUCUGUGAGUAACUGGAUUGAGAUUCUGGCGUUAACUUUGACAUUAUGGCAUAUCAAUACUCAUCCCGAUGCAAAAUUCAACAUUCUGGAUCAAACAACCGCUUUGGCAGUCGCUUUAAUUGUUUGCGCAGUGGAGGCCUCCAAUGGUAGUCUGGACUUUAGGCUUCUUAAUGACUUGGCCGAUGAUAUGGCUUGCGAUUACAACGUGGAUGUUGUCCAUGAAAUUAUCGAAAUUCAGCUGCUCCAUAUUUCAAUGCUCUCCCUUCUGCGACUUGCCAAUGCCAUUGGCGUUUGUGAAGACGUCAACAAUGAAAAUCCCGAAAUUUUACUUUUCCCACGGGGAGGACGCAUCUUUCCUAGUUCUCGUCUUAUUCACAACUUGGCUGUCACUCUUAAGGUCUCGCAAGACCGUGAGUCACUUAGUAUUUGGCUAGAACGACUUUUGUCUCCCAUCCAGAACGCUGAACAUGUGCGGGAGGCCACUGAAAGUAUGAUUUAUCUGGCCAGAACCUUGUGCGAAAUGUGGAUUGUGCGACCAGUCGAGUUUUUGUCACAUUGCGAACUUCUUCCCUUUCCUACGUCGGGGAACCGAUCUUCCAUUAGAGGAGAUCAUCAAGAUAAAAAUGGGCUAUCGCCCUCACAGCAGGUUCGUUCAUUUUAUCGUGGACCUGACUUGCGAAGUGGUCGAGGUGGUACAUAUGUAACUCGUUCCUCAGCGCAACGAAUGGCCCAAAGUAGAGCAAAUGACAAGACAUUUACUCGCAGUAUGGAUUCUCGUGAACCUAGCGACAAGGAUACAACUAUAAAUGGCGUGACUACUCAUGAGAAGGUGCUCCUAAAUGAAGAAAAAACGCACUUUAUGCAAGAAACUGUUAAUAAUUCGUAUAAGAAAUGGGGGAAGAAUUCCGGUUUUCAUUCAAGGGCGGGACCCGGUCGUCCAUUUCGUCCAAGGGGGCCUGGGUUCGGUAAUGAAAGUGAGUGUGAAGGACGUUCGACCAAUCCUUUUCUGCCGAAUUACGUCCUUACACCUGACUUCAAUCAACGCCUUUCGUCUCCUAAGAUCGCUAAAUCAAAGAACCCUUUUUUAUCGGAUUUAAAUCCAAGCUGUCGACGUGCUGCUUCAGAAUGUCGUGGAAGACAGGGUUUUGGUCGAGCACCUCAUUAUUCUUAUAGCGGACGAAGGGAGUCGGUCACCUUGCCUGCCUCUGAGCAUGGUCUUAGAACAUUCAGCGGUAAGCGUUUCCAACCAACGAUCUCAGAAUCUGGCAAUGAAUUCACAAAUGAAAACAGUCGGGACACUUUCUUGAAAUGGAAUGACAAUUUCAGCAUGAUCGGAGAAGUGCCUCCUACUUCAUCCUCCGGCAACACCGGUGCUACAAAAACAUUGACCAGAGUUAAUUCCGAAGGAGAUUGGAAGGAUCAAAGUCAAAUGAGUGGUGAGCGCAUAUCCCGGUUUAGAGGGAGCAAUCUUAAAAGUGGUCCCUCGGGGCCGUGUGUACCUUUUAAUCCCAGAUAUCCUGUCACUAGUCCCAGAAACAAUUGGAACAAAUCACACAUGGGACGAGGCAAACAGUUUGGGCCCUUCAAUGGUGUUCCUCGACGUGGUAGGACUUUCAAUGAUGGUUUUUAUGUGAAUAAAACUCCUCAAGGUCGAUGUUCGGAUUUUAAUAGAGGAAUGUGGGAUCCAAACGAUAUCGAUGAUGCAGUUAAGAAAUUGGCUCUGGACUUUCCUUGA